AUGGCUCCCUCUGGCCUCGACAGCACACAACUCAACUAUGCCCGCCACAUCAAGUACUGGCGCAGAAACCUCAAGACGCUGCUGCCCCAUUUCUACACCAGCAAUGACUCCAACCGCAUGCUGCUCGCCCUCUUCACCGUCUCUGCCCUCGAUAUCCUGGGCGAUCUAGACGCAGCCCUGUCCCCCAAGGAGCGUCAAGGGCACAUCGACUGGGUCUAUGGCUGCCAACUGCCAGAGGGCGGCUUCCGCCCAUGGCCGGGGUCCAACUACGGCGAGCUCAGAAAUGACGACAACAAAAUCUGGGACCCUGCCCAUAUCCCGGGGACCUUCUUCGCACUCUUGACGUUGAUUGUUCUCGGCGAUGAUCUGGAAAAAGUCAAGAGGAAAGAAAUCUUGGCGUGGUUGGUCCAGAUGCAAAGACCAGAGGGCAGUUUUGGUGAGACGCUCGGUGAGGGUGGCUAUGUGCAUGGUGGCAACGACUCAAGGUUUGGAUACAUGGCCACGGCCAUUCGAUGGAUGCUACGCGGCGACCUUGAAGGUCCAUGCGAAGGCAUCCCAGACAUCGAUGUUGACGCCUUCGUUACCUGCGUCCGUGCAUCGGAAUGCUACGACGGAGGCAUUUCCGAAGCACCCUAUCAUGAAGCACAUGCCGGAUUCACUUGCUGCGCCAUUGCUGCACUUGCCUUUCUGAAUCGCUUACCAUUGCCGUCCUCGCAAAAGCCCGAUGGUGUUAUCCGUGGAGUGUCCAAUGUUCAAAAUACUCUACAUUGGCUUGUAUCUCGACAGACUCUGACUCUGGACGAGGAGGAUGGCCUAGACACUAUGGAAGACGAGACCGAUUCCCCAGAAACUUGUCACGACGCGCACUCUUUUGUAAAGUUGGGCUCAUAUCCAUCUACGCAGGCUAACGAGGGCUCCAAAGCAAGACCCAAUGUUCACUUCGACCUGCAAUGGGUUGGUGUCAACGGAAGAUGCAACAAGAUUGCCGAUACAUGCUACGCCUACUGGACAUGCACACCUUUGCAGCUACUUGGCCACCUCGACGUUGUGGAUUCGCAACCCAUCAAGAAGUGGUUGCUGGACAAGACACAGCAUGCAGUCGGGGGCUUUGGCAAGGUUACCGGAGACCCGCCGGACAUGUACCACUCGUUUCUGGGCUUGAUGGUUCUCGCUAUGUUUGGCGAGCCUGGCCUUCAGAGUGUUGAUCCGGCAUUGUGUCUUACACACAGGGCGAAGAAACAUCUCGAGUCACUUUCAUGGAGGAGGAAGAUACUUGGUAUCCAUGACUCAGAAGAUGAAAAAGGCAAUGCAUAG